GCCGCGGCCGCCGCCGUGUCCCGGCGCAGCGCAGCGCACCAUGCGGGCCGGCCGCCUCCUCCUCCUCUUCCUGGCCGCGCUGUGCCCGCGGGCCGCGGCGCGGGAGCAGCGGGCCGCCCCGAGCAAGAUCGCCGUGGUCGGCGGCGGCAUCGGCGGGACGGCGGCGGCCUAUUUCCUGCGGCGGCAGUUCGGGCGCGCCGCGCGCAUCGACCUCUUCGAGCGGGCGGCCGUGGGCGGCCGCCUGGCCACGGUGCGCGUGGAGGGCCGCGACUACGAGGCCGGCGGCUCCGUCAUCCACCCGCUCAACCUGCACAUGAAGCACUUCGUCAAGGAGCUGGGCCUCCCUGUUGCCCCAGGCCACGGCAGCCUCGUGGGCAUUUAUAAUGGAGAGGAGUUUGUGUUUGAGGAGAGCAGCUGGUAUGUCAUCAACGUCCUGAAACUCCUCUGGCGGUACGGACUGAAUCCCCUGCGCAUGUACAUGUGGGUUGAGGACAUCUUGGACAAGUUCAUGCGCAUUUAUCGCUACCAGACGCACGACUAUACCUUCAGCAGUAACGAGCGCUUACUUCAUGCCCUCGGAGGGAAUGACUUCACCCAAAUGCUGAAUCAAACCAUUGAUGAAUCCAUGCAGAAAGCCGGCUUCUCCCAUAAGUUCAUCAAUGAGGUGGUUUGUCCAGCCAUGAGAGUCAAUUAUGGGCAAGGUGUCAACAUAAAUGGUUUUGUAGGUGCUGUUUCUCUGGCAGGGGUAGAAUCUGGUCUUUGGGCAGUCAAGGGAGGAAAUAAACUUGUCUGUACUGGCCUUAUUUAUGCUGCCAAAGCACAGGUUAUUCCUGGCACGGUUUUGUCUAUAGAGCCAAAAACAAGACCAAACUCUGCAGGGGACACAGUUAAGCUCUACCAUGUCACUUACAACUCUACAUCAGGAUCAUCAUCAGAUAUGUAUGACAUCGUUAUCAUCGCAGCUCCACUGAACCGCAAAAUGUCCAACAUCACCUUCAGGAACUUUAACCCUCCUAUUCCAGAGUUCUCAAACCCAUACCAUCAGACGGUAGCAACCUUUGUGCACGGGCGCUUAAAUGCUUCCUUCUUUGGCUAUGAGGACCCAUCUGCCUUUCACUUUGGUUCCAUCCUCACUACAGAGAAUCCCAAACUGUUCAUCAAUAGCCUGGGGGUUGUGUCUCCUGCUGAAAACACGCCCAGUGAAGAAAAGCUACCCUUGCGAUCAGCUGUCUGGAAGGUGUUUUCAAGGGAACCGCUCACCAAAGAGCAGCUUAACUUGCUUUUCUCUUCCUAUGACUCUGUCAAAGUGAAGAAGUGGCUGGCGUACCCCCACUACAGCCCCCCUGAAAAAUGCCCACCUGUGAUCCUCCAUGACAGAAUAUACUACCUCAAUGGCAUUGAGUGGGCUGCAAGUGCCAUGGAGAUGAGUGCCAUAGCAGCCAAAAAUGCAGCGCUGCUUGCUUACCACCAGUGGUAUGGGAACACAGACAAGAUCGACCAGGAAGACUUGCAUGAGAAACUGAAGACAGAGCUUUGAGCUCCUUGGAGUCAAAUGCCACUGGCUCACUAGAGCAUCCAGGCUGCUUUGCAGUGCACCACGACAACAUCGGGAAAUACAGAUCACGUAGCGUAGCAGUCUAGCCACAACUAUAACUGAUAAGUGAGAAACUCCUCCAAGGACGAAGAAACACCCAACCACCUCAGCACCAGCUGACUAGAUUAGUAGUGAAAAGGAAGCAGCAGCUUUCCCAAGUGAGCUGGCCCUGCCUCAUGCAAAUUCUUCCAUCUAUCCCUAUGCAAGAUUUAAAAAAGAAGCAAGUUUUAAGCACCAUUAUUGACCCCAUUAUUGACCCCAAGUGCCCUUCAGAAUAAGACUGCCCAACUCAGGCUCUGUGUCACUGUGAUUAACUGAGCCCUGCUCCUCUAGACCCAUGUGUUUAGCUUUCCCUCUCUGGGCAUGUGUGAGUCAGGGGAAAAAAAGUGUUGUCUUUAUACUGUAAAUCUCUAUGCCUCAACUGUUUUCUUAGUGUAUCGAAUACCUUUCUCUUGGAUGGAACUGGUGCAGUGCAAAUCAUGGAUGCACUCUCAGCUUGCUUCCAGCACAAGUAUUGUAACACAGGGGUGGUGGCUGGCUCGCCUCUGUUCAAGGAAGUGAGUUGCCAAAAUGGGUGGUAAGCAAGGAAAAGCAUAGAAUGUUCUUCACUUUCUCAAGCUUUAGUUUCAGAUCAUCUAAUGAGAUAAACUUUAUAGGAGGGCACAAUGAGGUUUUAGAUGAACUUCCUUGAGAAUAUUGUACAUCAAUUGACUGUAUCUAAUUGCUGUAGUACCUCAACCUUGUCUGAAUAUACAGCAAAUACUGUAAUUUUCUGGUAUUAAAAUUAAUGCACUGUUCUGAAAGUAA